AAUGUAGGGAGGAUUUGGACGCAUCUGAAGUAGUAUCUCCUCUGCGCCAGGACGCACGCAGCUGACUCUUCCUCUACAUUAGAAAACAGGAAAAAUGCGAUCAGGUUUGCUCCUGGUGACUUUGUUCAUCUUUGUGAAACUUCGCUACAGCCAGUCGAGGUGCGAGGAAACCGCCUCGCGCAGGUCAACACUGGGGCAGCCUAUAAGUUUGGAAGAAUUCAAGCGGAACCUUCUCAGGAGGUACACUGACCUGGACUAUGACAGCUUUGUAGGACUGAUGGGCAAAAGAAACGCAGAAGAAGAGGCUGUGCAGUCACAACCAAAAAGAGACAUGGAUGAUAUAUUUGUGGGUCUUAUGGGAAGAAGAAGUUCAGAGCCUGAGAAUGGCCCCUGGAGGAGAGACUAUCCAGACAGGAGAGGCGUCUUAUUCAACAAGUCCAGGCUGAGGUUCCUUCAAGGACUGUAGACUUUCUCACAGAAUCCACGUAUUAUUUGCUGACGUUGACAGAAGAUGCACCAGAGGAACAUAAAUAACCGU